AUGACAUGUAAUCCAGCAUGGGAGGAAAUAGCAAAUGAAUUACUCCCACGUCAAACGUCACAAGAUCGACCAGAUUUGUAUACUCGAGUUUUCAGUGGAAAAUAUGAACAUCUAAAGAAAGAUAUUUACAAGAUCGGAGUUCUUGAUAAGGUCAUCGCUCAUGUGCAUGUCAUUGAGUUUCAAAAAAGAGGUUUGCCACAUUGUCACAUGGUUAUUGUUCUUGAUGAGAAUGACAAAUUGAACAUACCUAAUGAUUAUCAUCACAUUAUAUGGCUAGAAAUUUCCUGUAGAAAUGAAGAACCGAAGCUGUACAAUAUUGUUGUACUGAAACACGUGAUACAUGGACCAUGCGGAACUUUUAAUGAAAACUCUUCAUGUAUGAAAAAUGGUAGUUGCAAGAGAGGUUAUCCAAAACGGUUUUCUGAAUUUACAGUGUAA